AUGGCCCCUCGUGAGAAAAGCUCCCUCAAGCGAGGUCGACACAGCAUUGAUGCCGAUUCGCAAGAAUUGAAGAAACCGCGUCGCUCGCAGAGAAUCUCAAGUCAACAACAACCUGAACCUCUGGAGACGCCUGUCAUUCACGACUAUCUGCCGACUCCACUGACCCACGGUCAUUCAACGGCAACGGACAUUCGCAAUGAGAAUACAGCAACUCCUCAGCCAAGUUCCGACCAGCGGGACCGCCAGCGGACUCCAGCGAGGGAACUCACUCCAUCCCAAGCCUACUCCUCCCCACCGGGAGAUACGCAAGCCUUGUCACAGUUCAUCUAUCCGCCGCGGUCGUACGCAGACGAGGUCGAUGACGAGAGCGCGGAGGGGGUAUGGGGAUACUUGAUUCCGCUCGAUGAUAGUGUAAGCGGUCCUUUCGUCCUAAAGCACCGCGAGGGAUGUGCGGGUCGCGACAAGCCCGCAGAUGACAAGAAGGACAAGAAGUUGGAAACAAAAAGGGCCAAGGACAAUCGUGCGCCUGGCGGAUACCUAGUCGGCCGUCAUCCGGAGUGUGAUCUGGUUAUCAACAGUCCGACCAUCUCUAAUCGCCACUUCCUGCUCUUCUCGGAGAAGCGGAAAGGGGAUGUCGUUGCCAUGCUGGAAGACCUGUCGAGCAAUGGAACCUUUGUCAAUGACGCGUUGGUAGGACGCAAUAAGCAUCGGGAGCUUGAGGAUCGGGAUGAGGUGUCAAUUUUGAAUGAAGCGCGAUUCGUCUUCCGGUACCCGCGUACUCGCGACGCGAGUGCCUUUCGUCACCAAUACCGAAAGCUUCAACAACUGGGCAAGGGCCACUUCGCGACGGUCUACCUGUGUGCGGACCGCACCACGGGGAAGCAGUAUGCCGCUAAAGUCUUUGAGAAACGACCAGGUGACUCGCAAAAAUCGCAGUCUCAAAACGAAGCGUUGCAGCAGGAGAUUGCCCUUUUGAUGAGCGUCAAUCACCCGAAUCUUUUGUGUCUCAAAGAUACAUUUGAUGAGACAGACGGGGCGUACCUGAUCUUGGAGCUUGCGCCUGAAGGUGAACUGUUCAAUUUGAUUGUGACCAAACAAAAGCUGAGCGAAGCGGAAUCUCGACACGUCUUCCGACAACUCUUUGAGGGAUUGAAGUAUUUGCAUGACCGAGGCAUUGUUCACCGUGACAUUAAGCCAGAAAAUAUUCUGGUGGCGGACAAGAAAUUGACCGUCAAACUAGGUGAUUUCGGCCUUGCCAAGAUCAUUGGCGAGGACUCUUUCACCACCACCCUCUGCGGUACACCCAGUUAUGUCGCACCGGAGAUUCUUCAGGAAACCCGUCGUCGACGAUAUACCAAGGCGGUAGAUAUUUGGUCUCUGGGAGUGGUUCUAUACAUCUGUCUCUGCGGCUUCCCUCCGUUCUCGGACGAGCUAUGCACCCGAGAGAAUCCAUAUACACUGGCGCAGCAGAUCAAGAUGGGUCGGUUCGACUACCCGUCACCGUACUGGGACUCCGUGGGCGACCCCGCGCUUGAUCUCAUUGACAAGAUGCUCACGGUAGACGUCGAGAAACGAAUCACGGUGGACGAAUGUCUGGAGCACCCGUGGCUCACACAGAAGUUUCCCGGUGUCAAUGACAGUAUUGACGGCCUUACGCCCGCGCUCGACAAGUUGGACUUUUCAAAGCGCAAGGUCGAACGGGAGCGCACGAUGCUCAGCAGCGUCAACGACGUCCACUUUAGCGAGCAUGCAGAGGGCAGCGAAGCCCCAGUCAAGGUAUAUCAUAAGAAUGAAGUGGGUAAGCGCGUGCACAACCGACCAUCCGCGACGACAGCCCAUCAGCCUUCUCCCCGAGGUGAUCGAGACCCAAAAGACUUUGUCAAUUUGGGCCAAGCCGGGGACCCUGCGCUGUAUGAUGAAUGA